AUGGAGGUCUCUCAAAGUGACGACUCGCAGGCUCUCCGCUCCGCGAUACACAAAGCUGCCUCAGCGGCGGGUCUCACCUCCGAGCUCUGUCACGACAGCAUUGCGCCCUCGGAUCCCACCAGUGCGGCUGCUGGUCUUUCCACUGGGCCACCACCCGCUCCCAUAUCGUCUGGAGUGGAGCAGCAACGGGCACCGUUGACUGAGCAAGCUGACCCCGUCACAUUACACUAUCUCGGACCGCAACAGUCCAGCUGCAUGACUUUCCGUCUAAACUGCGGCCUUCUUGGGGGGCCUACCAGCCUUGGGCGUAUAGUGGAUCCGCCUCUAGACAUUGCGCCUUAUCUAGGGCCCAACCAGCACUCUCUGGCGGCUCAGAUCUACUGGUACUGCACCGAAACAAGUCUUAACUUUCUCUACCAACUCGCCGGCCAGGACCCCAGCAGAAUUGCAUCCGUCGCUCAGCAUCAUCCUAUCUUUGCAACUAUGCUAAGGCAUGUUUCUACGUUCUGUAGUCAUAAUUACCUUAUUGCUCUCGCUGAGGCGCGUCUUGAGUUCUAUCGCGUCGGCUACUGCAAGGCAGAUAACCUGGCAGCAAUAAGGGAUUCAGGUCUUCUAUUACGGCAACGUGUCGAGCAAGAGUAUAAUAUGGCGGGCCAGGACUUAGAAGAGUGGUUGAACGUGACCAAAGUAGCACGAGUUGUUGAAGAAAGAUUGCAAAGUCGGGAGUUGAGGCGGCUUGAAGCCGCGGUCCGAAACGAUGGCACGGAUGUAACAGCAAGAAAGCUACUGGAGGCCUUCAUCCACAAGUUUUGGCUGGAAUCUACCUGUUUCGGCGAUGGGCCAAGAUGGAAGUCAUCUUCAUAA